AUGACCGGUCCCACCGGCAGACAAGCUGCCUUCUCCUCCUCCAGUGCGCCCCGACCAGACGAGCAGAGCCCAGCUAGGGUUUCGAGAUUUCCCGUCGCCAGAAUCGACCACCUCUCGUCUCCGCGAGCACCCGCCGGCGCCUUCCCUCGCCGUCGACGUCUUGCACCCCGGAGACCCUCCCGGAUCUCCGCCGCCUCCCCGCCCCCCUCCUCCUCCUCGAACACCACCGCGGUCGAUCUCUACUCGCGGCGCCCGCAGAUCUGAUUCCGGGGUCCCCGGCUCUCCCAUCCAGGGCCAGGGCCAGGGCCAUACUCGUCGGCCACCAUGCAGGCUAGUGACAGGUUCAACAUCAAUUCUCAACUUGAGCAUCUCCAAGCCAAAUACGUCGGAACAGGGCAUGCUGACCUGACCAGAUUUGAAUGGGCUGUAAACAUCCAAAGAGACAGCUAUGCAUCUUACAUUGGACACUACCCGAUGUUGGCAUAUUUUUCCAUUGCUGAGAAUGAAUCUAUUGGAAGGGAGCGCUACGAAUUUAUGCAGAAAAUGCUGCUUCCCUGUGGCCUCCCUCCUGAAAGAGACGAAGACUGAGGAGUUGGUGCUAUAGUUCUACCUCGAAAGCAACUUGUGUCCAGAUGCUGUUCGUUACCAAAGUCUCAAGGCCUGUCUGGAUUAGCCACCUCAGCACUUUAUGUGAUUGUGUUUGAACAUCGUGAACAUCUUUGUCUGGUUUAAUUCCUGGACGACCUUGGCCAUCUUGCCUCAUAAAAGGAGUAAUGUAACGUGAUGUCGUAUCUGCAUCUUACUACAUAUGUGAACGAUAUAAUCGAAUCACAGCAGUGCAUGUCGAAAUAGUUUUUUUUUC